AUGGCAGAGACGUGGGUUCAAUCAACAGCUCGAAGCUUGGUCUACCAGGCUUUGAAGCGUAUCCAUCGAGGACGGUUGACAAUCAACACGAAAUACGCCAGCGACAACAACGAAAGCGCCUCAUUUGGGAGCAGCUCUGAAUCAGAUCCAGACGUUGUCGUUAUCAUCAAGAACCCUCAAGUUUUCGUUCGACUAUGUCAAGCGUUCGACCUGGGGCUGUCAGAGUCAUACCUUGUCCAAGAUGUAGAGUGCGAUAACCUUGUCGAACUAUUUUCACUCUAUGUCAAAAACAAAGACGCUCUUGGCGCCUCAGCUGGUAACCUCCUAUAUACACUUAUACCACGCGCGGCACACUAUCUCAUCCCGACCAAUGACAACACAACCGCUCUCAAAAAUGCGUCGUUUCACUACGAUACUUCCAACGAUCACUUUGCCAACUUUCUCUCUCCCGAUAUGAACUACAGUUCUGCCAUCUGGUCAGGAGAAAAGGGCGAAUCGCUAGAGUCCGCUCAGCAUCGGAAAAUACAGACCAUCCUCGACAAAGCCGAAAUAUCUUCCACUGACCACAUCCUCGACAUCGGAUGUGGUUGGGGUAACUUGGCCAUCACAGCAGUCCGGCAGACUGGAUGCCGAGUAACUGGACUCACACUUUCCAAAGAGCAAAAGGCACUUGCAGAGGAGAGGAUCAAGGCUGCAGGCUUUGAAGACAAGAUUACUAUUCUGCUGUGUGACUACCGCAAGGCUCCCGUACCAGAGGGCGGAUAUGACCGCAUCAUCUCCAUUGAAAUGUUGGAGCACGUGGGAGACAAGUAUAUGAACCAGUAUUUUCAACAGAUUUCUGCCCUUUUAAAACCAAAAGGUGGAAGAAUGGUCGUCCAAGGCAUUACCAGAAUUAACUCGUUCUCUACCACUGGCGACACGGUUGACUGCUUUCUGGAGCGCUACAUCUUCCCAGGAGGAUACCUGCCAACCAUAAACCAGCUCAUGACAUCAAUACACAAUGGCUCCGGUGGUGCCCUGGAAGUAGAGACUGUUCAGAGCAUUGGUCCUCAUUACAUUCGCACCCUGCAGUGUUGGAAAGAGAACUUUGACGAGAAUUGGGACACCAUCAGACAAGACUAUGUGUCCAAGAAUCCUGAUGCCACAGAUUUGAUGAUUGAAGCCUAUCGGCGAACGUGGGUGUACUACUUCCAGUAUUGCGAGGCUGGAUUUAGGACGCGUAUUCUGGGAGAUUAUAUUAUCUCUGCUACCCGAACCCCUUGGCCAGAAAUCCCAUCCAAUGUCCCACACUAA